AUGUCAUCGGGUCGUGGACGGCAUCUAGCGGAUCCAAGUGUGUCGUUGAAGAUAAGUUUUCGCUCACUGUUGAUGAAAAGCUGGCAGCGUACUGCAAGAUUCAUGCAGACCGCACUAAGCAUGACAGAAAUACAUGGGCAGAGUUUGAGGCUUCUUGGGGUCUUUUCCGCGUUAUCUGCCAGAGAACGACGAUUGCUGAUCCUGUUGAGGCGACUAUUAGAGUACUGA